CCGCCCGGCGGCUCUACGCCGUUUGCGUAGCGUGCCCCAAGAUGGCGUCGCGGUCGUCGUCGUCGGCGGUGGCCGGAGCGCUGGUAGCGGCGGUGGAGCGGCUGGAAGCGAAGGGAGGGAUGAGGCGGGCGAAAGGCGGCAGCGCGUAGCGGGCGGCUCCCGGCCCGCGGGAGACAGAGCGAGACCCAGAAAGAGACUGUCGCGGGGAGGCGGCCCCCCUCCGUCCCCCCCGUCCUUCCCCGCCCGCCCGCCCCUCGCGGGAGCCCCGGCGGGUCCUUCCCGGCGCCGCCACCCUGCCCGCCCCCGCCCGCUAGGCCGCGGGCCUCGCCGUCCCUCCGGCCUCCCCCCACCCCCGGCCGCCCCCUCGGAGCGGAGGAUGAUGAAGCUCAAGUCCAACCAGACGCGCACCUACGACGGGGACGGCUACAAGAAGCGGGCGGCCUGCCUGUGCUUCCGCAGCGAGAGCGAGGAGGAGGUGCUGCUGGUUAGCAGUAGUCGUCAUCCUGAUCGAUGGAUUGUCCCUGGGGGUGGCAUGGAGCCCGAGGAGGAGCCCAACGUGGCUGCUGUACGAGAAGUCUGUGAAGAGGCUGGAGUGAAAGGGACGUUAGGAAGAUUAGUGGGAAUUUUUGAGAAUCGGGACAGGAAACACAGGACAUAUGUUUACGUACUUAUCGUCACAGAAGUGUUGGAAGACUGGGAGGACUCUGUCAAUAUUGGAAGGAAAAGGGAAUGGUUUAAGAUAGAAGAUGCCAUAAAAGUUCUGCAGUAUCAUAAACCAGUGCAGGCCUCGUAUUUUGAAACCUUGAGGCAAGGUUGUUUGGCAAACAACGGCACUCCCGUCAUGACCACAACGUACUCUGAGAGCUCUGUGUCUGACAUCAGAUGACUGAAGACGUCCCUACGAGAGAAAUUUUGAAAACUAGACUGAAACGUGGAUUUCCCUCCCCCCUCCCCUUUUUCACAUGCCUCCUCUAUCAAACAAGGCAUGGGCAGCAGCCUGUGGCAGAGCAAGUGUUAAAGAGUGCUGCAAUUUAGUGCAAGGUGGGAUUUUUUUUUUUUGUUGGCUUUUUUUUUUUGCUUUUUUGGAUAUGUAUUUUGUAAAAUACAUUUUGUGCAUGAAGUGCCCCUUUCCCCUUACACCGCUUCCAUGGCCUGGCGAGCGAGGCUGCCCGUUUCGCCUCUGCCUUGUGUUCUGAAGUGUCCCGUUUGUGUCAUCCCAGCCAUAGCCACUUUUUUUUUUUUUAAUUAAAAGACUUCAAAUGUGAGAUCAGCUCUUUAAGUCUUAGUCUGUACUGUAAGGUGCUGUUCAGACCUGUGUGGUGGUCACUUUCAGCGCAUAUGUAUAAACUUUUUUUAGAUGGAGAAUCUAACAUUUUAAUUUUGCGGGAAUUUUUUUUAAUCCUGGUCUGCUUCUGAAAACAAGGGUUCAUAAUUAAUCUGUUUGCCUUUUGUUCUGUUUUUUUAAAAAAAAAAUACACGUUCUGUGACAGUGCAAGUGGCUGGGCCAGUUUACUCCCUAUAUAUCUCCCGAUUUAGUGCAGUGACACUUGAAGAUGAGGGCAGAGUUCUGAUCACCUGCGGACAUCCCUGCUGCUCCGUUGCUUCUCCUACAGCUUCCGCCAGUGUUUCUGCAUUUACAUGAAAAUGAAACAAAAAGGAGUUGGUCUUUUAACACUUGGCCAAAAAUAAAUAGCCUCAGAAACGCUACGCUAGAAACUGAAUUUAAUUGUCUGUGGUAGGAAUCAGGGAUUUGAAGUGGGGUCAAAGUCUGACCAAGUGGAGCGUCGAUCACCAAUGCUGUUCUGCUGAUCCUGCUGCGUUCUGCUGAUGUCUCUUCUUGUCCACAUGCCUUAUACUGUGCUGAACUGGAUACGUGUAAUUUGUGCUAAAGCAUCGGAUUGUGCUUACUGAGUGUUACUGCACGAACCCUCGGUUGGAUAACCAUGUGUGUCCCUGAAAAGAAGUCCUGGGGGAGAAAUUCGGGUGUUCAAUCUCUGGUCCUGUGGUUCUGCAGCACUUACAAUUGCACCAUGGAGCAUGCUCAAAAUGUUUAAACUCUCCCUCUGUGAAAGGUACAGCUGACUCCCAGCAGAAUUGCGAGUUGGAGGAGUGCACCCUUUAAUAGGAUAGUUCCCCUGAUGCAUUGGCACACUUCACCUUUUUUUUUUUUUUUUUUUUUUUUUUGGCUUUUUCUUUUGUUGUUGAUGUAAGUUUCAUGCUGUCUUGAUUUGCCAACAGUGUUGUCUAGUUGGGAAAUAAAAUGGGAAGGGUCGGGGGUGGGUUGGGACAGGUACAAGUUUUGGGAGGGGCAUUAAUUAAUCCCUGGCUUGGGACAAGAAGGAGUUGCUGAGUUCAGUAACUUCUCCGUUGUCAGAGCAUAGCCAAGAUGUGAAAUUAAAUCUGCAGUACUCUUUUUUUUUUUUUUUUUUUUUUUUUUUUUCCAUUUUUCCCCCCCUCUUUAUUUAACAAAAAAUAUUCUAAUAAAUACUCACUGUUCCAGAAUUUUCUCUCUUCCCGAGAAGCACUUACAAUAUGAAAAAUCUGAUAGAAUUAUCCAUGGAGCCUGGGACAAGGGGGAAUGGUAUCCUUGCUGGUUUGGCAAGAAGCUGUUCAUUUUAAGAUCCUAUUCUGUUCCUUUACUUGUUCUCCUUGCUUUCAUCAGUGUGGAGUAGCAAGGCCAAAAGCAGUGCCAGUGAUCGCUAACGUGAAAAACCACGCAUAAGGAAAAAGCCGAGAGGCAUUAUUCAAGAAGUAGCUUGAAACCCAGCAGCUGGAAUCAAGCCUAAAUUACACCAGUUCAGUUCACUUCAACUUAGAGACGAAUGUACAAUACUUUCUUACUCUUUGCUGAGCGGCCUGAACCAAACUCUUGAAAAAGGGCUUGAAUAUUGUAUCUGGAAGUGUACAAGAAAUUCAGACAGCCUGCUGUUACCGAGCCGUGAGUGGCACCUAACAGCCAUCUACUGCCUUCAAUUGAGAUUUUUUUUUUUUUUUUUGUCUUUACUGUACAGAUUAGGAUGUUGAAAACGCUUUGCAACAAAACAGCUGGUACUCCUGAAAGAGUAACUGCAGUUUUAAUAUCAACAGCAUGCACACUUCUGUUUUUCAACUAAAAUUGUUUUUACAGGGCUGUUAAACUGACGAUUUAGGGUAGAAUAUUGUUAAUGACUUGCUAAUGGCUUAUUUGUUUGGGUCAGAAAAAUAAAUUGUGCCAAGAAAGUGUUUUAAUGUGGCAUGAAUUGAUGCUGUUAACACAGUAACAGGGAGGGGCUGAUAUUAUGCCUUUUUUAACUGGAAAUAGCUCCUGGGUAGAAAUAGCUUUUAUUCGACAGAUGUGGAUUUUAAAACAGGUCUUAGUCCUGUGCUACCUGAAUCUCUCCCUGCACCACACAAAUUCCCCUCUUCCUCAGCAUCUGAGGUUCUUCUCUAGUUACAGCUGCAUGCCCUAGCAGUUUCAGCCAUUUGAUCCAAAAUGAUAUUAAAUUGGUUUGGGACCGACAAUCAAACUACCUUUAUUAGCGACAAAAAGAGUUGUGAGGACGGGGGUUUCGCAGUACAGCCGAGUGCCUGCUUGAUUAAACGGCUUAGGGCUGCUGGCGUGACCAACCGCUCAAAAAUCCUGUAGGAUUAGACUCAGGCUUGCGGCGUUUGCUAAAACUGGUGCUAUAUCGAGAGAGCGGGAUUCUUACCUCAGCUGAUGUAGUGUCUCGUGACCCCUUAACGCGAGCGUUGCGGUGUGUCUCGGCUUCCCGUUGAAUAACGUUCUUCGCUUGGCUUUCAGCGUGGCUUUGGUCUGGCUCGGCACGGGUGUGUGCGUAGGUCAAAAGAAGAGGAAGGCCAGCGCUCCGUGGGGACGGCCCGCGAGUUCGCCGCGGAUUUGUCCAGACCCCCUCAAGUUGCAGGUUUCAGACGCUUGUCUUCGGUUCUCUGAAAUCCGGUUUGGGAUGAAUGCCAAAUGGCGUGUGGAUGAUGCGCAGCCGCCGUCUGAGGGGCUACCAUUAAUUACCUUUUGGCACACCUCGCGAGGGGCUAACGUUAAUUAUCUUCUGGCGCUGCUCGAGAGGAGCUGCUGCUAACGAAUUACCUUUUGGCACACCUCUGAACUCUGGGGUCUCAUGAAAAGCUUCCAGUGUCCUCCGCCACUUCUUAGGGGUGGAGUAAUUUUGCUAAUAUGAGUACUUUUUCCCUUGCUGCUUUUCAUGUGUGUACUCCCGGUGUAAGGACGCCUCACUCUUGCUACAACAAGAAGCAAACCUGCCUUCGGCGAGGAAGAGGAGGGGGAAAUUACUGGCCCUUGAAACACUCACCUACUAGAUUUCUCUCUGCACCUAAGUGUCAGCUCAGGGUUGCGAGAUGAGUGAUGGAGGAAGAGGGAGACCUGCUGCUCGGCGCAGGGAGGUUCUCUGAGCAGUUCCCACUCUUAAACAUUGAUUCACUUCCUCUGGUGGUGUCAAAAUUAGAAAUCCUCGUAUCGUGGAGUUGCAUCCGGCCAUCUGGAUUUUCAAACGUAGUUGAGACCUUAAUGGGAGAAGUGCUUUCAGCACUUAGAUGACGACGCUUAGCGUGAUGAUUUUUUAAACCUCAACAUACUUAGAAAAAUCUGGAUCUCAUGUCACUGGAAGCGUUUGACAGACCAGCUUGGAUUACUGGCUGCGGCAGGAGAAUGUUAGCUGGUGGUUUAAGCCGAUGCUAGGUGGUGGGUAUACUGGCAUUUGUUGACACCAGCAUGGGAGCAGGAAAAAAAAGGAUGCCCUCGGGGUACCACUGUCUCCAGCAACUGCUUCUUGAUCCUUCCAGCAGGAUUUGUCAGAUCCCCUACCUUUCUGAUGGUCUUAAACGAUGCGUAAAGCUCAAGAGGCAGGUGGACGUCCCUCUGCAGAAGAGUGCCAAGUGUAAUUAAAUUUAGCGCAGCUGAAAUCAGACACGUUGUGCUGGAGGAGGUCUCUCUCAAAUAAGGUUUUGGUAUGGGGGAGCAGGGGUUUGGAUGCGGUGGUUCACGUCAGCUUGCAAAUCGUGCGCAGCGGAAAACGUACAGCGCCUUUGUCUUGAAGUGGUUACUGUGUAAGAUGGUUUGGGGGUUUCAAAUUUGGCUUGUGCUUGUGCUGAGGCUUUCCAAGGACACGUUUCAAAAGGCAGAGCCUUUUUUUGGGUUAAAAAUACUGUUUUCUGUUUGGUGAGGGUUCCCCCCAGUAUUUAACGGCUGUGCAUGCUGGUGGGUGCCUGGCUAUGAGAGCUGUGGUGUGACGCUGCCGGGGAGGGGACACCUUUUCCUGGGAGAUGCUUAGAGAAGAGUGAAAGGUUGCGUGUUUUUUUUAUUUUCCCCAUUCUUCCUGAAAUUUGCCAUUCAGUGCUGUUAAAGUACUUUUGGUCGCUUCACAAAGAUGUCUUUUGAUUUCUUCACAAAGAUGGGUUGUUUAAUUCUAGACAGUAGUUGAUUGGCGAUAGAGAAGCUCGGUAUUGUUGCAAAGCCAGGGGAGGCUUGUACAUCCUUUAUCUUUGCCCAGUGUUUCUACUUGCUGUGUUGUGCUCUCUUAGGGUUCGUCGGAGCUGCUCAGCACCCUUGCUCAGAACCGCAGUGACUCCUUACAAGUAUGAGUGGUUGGCGUUAGCCUCUCUAGGUUUGACAAGGCAACUGCCUCUCCAAGUAUAUCAUUUGGUAAAACGUUCCUUUGAGUUAAUGGCUACUUUGCAAACUGAGAAUGAGAUGGUUUUUUCAAACGGAAAGUGUGUUAGCCUUUGAACUGCAAAAAACUCAUCAGGACUGAGGCAGUGACAGCUGAGAGGGUGCAGGAUGUGACAACAGGCUUUCUCACUGGCUGCUGUGCUGUGAGGACGAGAUAGGGUAGCUACUGCUUGCUCCUGGUUUUGAACUCUCAGAACAAGAUGUGUAGCCCCUGUGUGGUUUUACAGCUGAAAUUUCUUGAGAUGAGUCUGUCAAAGAGAGGGUGCCGGGAUGGGGCGGUUCAGUGAGUGCAGGGCAGUUGCAUCACCUGUAGCAAAAAGAGAACUCAGAAGUUGCUGAUGCUCGGCUCACUUGUGUGUGUUUAAUGCUGUUAAACAGAGCUGAACUCGUAGGCUGGUAUUACUGAUAAACUCCAUUAGCCAGUAACUGUAAUUAAAACCGAAUAAAGAAGCUAAAAAUACGGGCUUUAACGCAGGGGCGCUUCCUAACGAGUUGGUUUAUGCUGCUGCAUGGAUCCGAUGGGGAGGGUCUAUCUGGCUCCUUGGAGUCUUGCUACUUCUUCCCCCCUUCCCUUGCUCAUGUUCGGUACAGAAGGGUUCAGGCAACAUUUGGGAGUGGCCGUUGGUUCUUGAUGGUAAACCUGCUGUGAUUUAACUGAGUUCUGUGCACGUUACGCUUUAAGGAAUUAUGGGAUGAACAGGUAAAGGGAGCCCAGCCAGGGCUCUCCUCGGAUCAUGUCAUCUGCCUCGCUUUGCCAUAGGAAGGUGGCACGGGCAGGUGAAUGCAUGCGCUGUCUCUGCAUCUUUUUAAAAUACAUCCUUUGGGAUUUGUUUCCUUUUUCAUCCAUCCUGGGGAGGUGGUUCCUUCCUAGUCAGUUUGGUCCCAGCUUAGCAAGGCAAGUGUGUUCUGUGACAGCUGUGCCAGUGGGAGGGAGCAGAGCCUUACCUGGGGUGUACUUCAGAGCUCCUCCACCCCAAAAAACUGCUGUAUUUCCUCUGAUGAUGGCCUUCAGUCUCGCUGCUGUGGAGGAAGGUAAGAGCUCUGGUUUGGGGGCUGGAAAGGAACUGCAAUUUAAACAUUCGCAUCAGCUUUUUUUCCUCGAUAGCUGGGCAUUGUGUGUGCUUCCCCCGAUUUCUGUUGAGGAACGAGAAGGCAGUUUUAAUUCAGCGUGGUCUUGAACGUGCCUUAAAGCAAACUCUAUAAACUGAAAAAUUGAAAGGGAUCAUCGGAAUCUGCUAGUGUUGCUUUUUUUCCCUAGUGCAGACACAAAGUAUUCAGUGGCUAAAAAUGUGGGUAGGGAAUGUCAGGAAUCCUCAGUUCCCUUCCCAGAUCUAGCAACAGACUUUGGGCCUCUGCCUCAGCAUUUCCAUGCAGAAAACGCGUUCACCACCAAAUAUUUGAAGCUGCAUAGAUCAAAUGUUUGCCCCUCCCAAUUAUAACAACUUCAGCUUUUCUUGCUUGUACUCAGAAACGCAGUUUUAUCCCAAAUUGAUGUGCUUUGUGCUUUUCAGACAGCCAGAUACAAUGUUCGUAGCUGUGCAGAGCAUCCAGUGAAAUGGGUGAUCUGGGAGUUUGUGAAAGGUUUGAAUAUUCAGCUUUUGCAGAGUGGAAGCUGUGGCUGGUUCUCGGGAAAAGGUGAAAAUCCGUCGAUCUCUUUAGCCAAACUUGCACCAAGAAAUGAAGUUGUUGCAGACGCUUGUUGGUGUGAAGAGCUUUUAUCUUAUAAAGAUAAUCAGCAGCUUUGUAUAACUCACCGACUGCUCUGGUCCUGCUUUUAAAUGACUCCGUUUCCCCUCCUGGUUCUGUUCCUCCUGUUUAAUAAGAUAGCAUCAUCUAGUGGCUGCAUCAGCCUGGGGAUGCAGGUGACCUUGCUUCUGGUGUGCUCUCUCGUCUUGUCUCCGUGUUAGAGACUAUAACAUACAUAUAUAUAUCUAUCUAUAUCUAUGAUCCUCGCUUUUCUCAGUGUUAGAAUAAAUUUAAUACAGUUAGAGAGGACUCUCGGCUUCAGUGGUGGAAGGUGGUGUGUAGAUACGUGCAGUGUUUUACUGGGUGUAGUGUCAUGAGGUCUGUACAUAAUUGAGAGAGGUGUAGAUGGAUGAAGAAGAACACUUAACUGGAUUGAAGAUGUAUUUAGGAGAUUUAUAAAAUCUUUUUUGGUGCUAGUCGAUAGGGUUGUGUUUUGGGGGGUUUUUUCCUCUUUUUUUUUUUUUUUUUUCUUUUUGGUGGGAAAGUGAGAAUUUUGAAGUUAUACUUGAGAAAUUGGCUCUAGAAUUGCCUCAGAAAUUAACCUUGGGAGGUCCAAGAGUGUUUGCUGAACUUCCUGUAUGUCCUAUUUUAUAUUUAUUAAAUCAGAAGAUCUGGAACGAUUGCUUUGCAUUUUCUGCUCAGUCUUUUCCUGAACUCUCUGUACCUGAGACCCCCUGGCAGCACCCCUGAGCUGGGAGAGCAGGAUCCCAGCCCCCAUCGGAGCCUGUUGCCCAGGGUACGUCACCCCCGCCAAGGGCCCGAGCUGGAUGCCCGUGGGUAUGAGCGUAUCUGCCUUAGGCUGCUCCAUUCCUUACCAAACCGAGAUACCUCCGAGAUCAAAGCUGUGGGGCUUUGACCGUCUCUUCUCUUCGCCUCUGAACUGGUGCAUUCGAACCUCCUUCACGACCAAGGGUAAGACUUCGAUACCACCAGUGUGGGCGAUCCCUAUGGAAAACGUUUGGGUUUUUUUAAUCCUUGCAGAUUUCCAAGUCCUUGAAGCGUGCAGGCCUGGGGGGGGGGGGGCACAGCGGCAGCAGCAGAGCGUGGCGAGUGAUUUCCCCGGGGUUCCUGCUCCUGUGUGACCUGUGGUGUUGGUUGGGAUGUCUCCUGCUGCUGCCCGGCUUUCCCACGGAAACGUCAGUGAGUUUGGAGGGGGAAAACUGGUGUAGAGAACAAACUUGCUAAUUUAUUAGAAUUAAAAGAAGCCUGAGGUUUUCAGUGAUUUUCAGUGAAUCAGAAGUAAUAUAAUAGUCGGUUCCCUGUGAGUUCUAGAUGGUUUUGGACUUGCAGUUCCCAUAGUCUGGUUUGGUUUAUUUUUCUGGCUGCGGACUUCUGUUCCUCGCUCCAGUGCUUUGUGUUUCUAAUCUUCUGGUAAAUUUAACAUGUGGGGUUUUUUAUGAUAUAUUAAGUUAAAAUGGUUUGCAAAAACACUUUACAACUGCAAGGGCACUUUGGAAAUCUAGCAUUUCAGCUGAUGCUUUUUCUUACUGACUGGGACUUGUUCUUACUUACAACACAUUUGUUCAAAGUCAAAUGCGUUCAGUAGAAAACACGUCUUGUUUUCUUUGAGGCUCAGAUCUUAGUUCGAGCCUGUGAAUAAUGCAGGUGCUCUCUUGCUCCUGCUUAGUCUUGGCUGGCAGGUAUAGCGUAUACCUACAUAAUUUUGACAUUCUCAUCCAUAGUGUUUCCAGAAAAAACGGAGGGCUCACUAUCCACUCCUCGCUCAGCUCUGGUAUCAUCACAACCCCCUGUCCCUCUUCUGCCAUGAGUCUCGGUGUGUUUUGAGCCAGAUGUUGAGACGGUAUGAAGCUGCGCUGAUGUACAGCAGCUGGCGGUCUGGUUCCUUUCUCAAGGUGUUUCCUCUGUUGGAGUUGUGUGCGAGGGGGAGGUCAUCACUGUCUUUAAAAGAUUUAAAAAAAAAAAAAAAAAAAAAAAAAUCGUGGAUGCAAGUUUGACAAGAGUGUAGGCUGUAAUCUAGUGCCAACCAAUAAACACGCCAGUAUUUCCCACAUG